AGGGGAGAGGGUCUCCAGUCUGGUCCUUUGUCAUGGAAAGACUUUACUCUGCUGUUUCAGAGGGAGAGGGAGAGAGGGGAUUUCAGCUUCAUCACCGACAGAUCUUAAAGCUAUGUAACUGGGACAGAAAACAAAGAGGGCUCAGCUAAAUCCUGCACCCACAGACUAAAGAAAGGAAGAGCAAAUGAAGAGCAUGCUUCCUCAAAGGAGUGCUGUCGCCACGCUGGGCUACAGCUCAGACUGUGUGAAGAUUGAGCACAGCGGCAGCGGCUCGGUGGCUGGGACGAUGCUGAGGGGCUCCCGCUCAAAAGCCGAGCUACAGGAACUGAUGGAGACGCUGCAGCGCAGGAAGAGUGCUCUGGAGGCUAGUCUGAGGGCAGCAGAGUGCAGCCGCAAGUAUCUCAGCACAUCUGUAGGAGCCCAGUCCACCAGGCCGCUAUCAAUCCUCAGUAACACAGAGCGCCCUCCUUCUGCCUCUAGAAACUUUUCUUACAUGACAAGCAGCAGUGUGCCUCCAUCGCCUCGUCAGGGCAAUCGCCAGCUAAGCUCUAAUGGCUUGCUCCGUCAUUCCCAGGCUCGCCACCAAUCACAAGACAGCCUGCUUCUCUCAGAUGGAACCUCUGUGCUCUCCUCUUAUGGGGAGCCCAUACCACGUUCUCCCAGGGUCAAAAGUGGAGCAGCCAGUAUGCCAUCCAGCCCCCGAAUGGGCCGCAGGCUCUACUCUCAGGGUAAAGUUGCAGGAGAGUCCCGCCAGAGGAAAUACUCCACUGGUUCCCUCAACAGCCUGGGUUUGCACAGCCGUUCUCUUCCGCGGCUCCACAAUGCUGCAGACCCCCCUGCUCUGUCGCUGCCAUUACGCCACUCAGUAGGUUCCCACAGAGUGGUCUCGGCAGGAAACCGGCGCAGUCUCUCUUCUCUGGAGCAGCCUCCAGAUGUGACAGUACCAGCCAGCAUGCCCAGCACACCUAGGAGGGCUAGUCUGGCCUCUCUGAGCUCUAUGGGAGUAGAGAUUGAUGGGACUGGGCUAGAUCUGGGCAUUGGAGAGAGGAGGCUUUCCUUUGGGAAGAGCGGUUUGAGUCCAGGACAACGGGUGGGCAGCAUCACCUCUUUGAAUGGCAAAGAGGAGCUCAAAGACUACCACCAGCACCAGAGAGAUGAGCGACUCAGGGAGCAGAAAGUGCAGAGAUUGGAAUGCCAGCGUCUAGAGACCAUCUUAAACCUGUGCACUGAGUUGGGACAGGUAGCGCGAGAGCCAGCGGGCUCAGCUGUUUCUGACCUGCAGAAGAUCAAUAAGGAGUUGGAGAAGCUGCAGGUGUCAGAUGAUGACUCAGUGUUCUCCGACUCGCCGAGCAGCACUGCUCAGGAGAGCUGCUUUGGAGCCAAAGCCAGAGACUUCCAGCUCUCUGAGGAGCAGCAGGCCAGCCAACGUCAGCAGAGCAGCUACAGAGAGCCCAGAUCACACUCACCAGCUAUCAGUCUCAACAGCAGUGCACCCUCACCUUCUACACAUCACAGAGCCAAAGCUUUGGAGAGUGUGCAGUUGAAACAGGAAGUAACGCAUAUAGAGGAAGAAAGAAUUCAAGUUUUGAACAAUAUAGAGGAGCUGGAGCAGAAGAUCAAAGACCUGGACAACCAAAUGGAGGAGUCUCUUCGAGAGAUGGAGGUAGAGUGUGCUCUGCUGGAAGGAGAGCAGGAGUCGGAGAUGGCCCAGCUGCAGAGGGAUAAGGAGCUUCUGGAGGAACUCAAGGGAAAAAUUCAUAAUAUUGAGACGACGAGCCACACUGAGAAGUCACAGGAGACGGAGGAGCAGUCAAAAAGUUUGGAGGACUUGGAGUUUCAGAAGCUGGAGAGAGAAAUCAAGCAGGACGAGGAAAAAGAGAAUCAGAGCCAAGAGCUGCUGCGAGAGAUCGCAGAGUGUCAGCGCCUUACUGUCACACGCAAGGAAAGACUCAUGACGCUCAAGAAACAAUCAUCUCAGAUUACUUUACAGGCCCAGCAGGAAAGAGAGAAUUUCCAGAGAGAGAAAAACAAUUUGCUUGUCAUGCUUCAGAAGGAGAGAGAGAAAUUGGUGUCUUUGGAGGGGAAGUAUGCAGAGUUGUCUGAGGGGCAGACCUUCGCUAACAAUCCUGUCGCCAUCAAAGAGCACUUGCAUUCUCUGAAGGAAAGACGAAGAAGCAGCAAGGAAAACUCAUCCCACCCAAAUGACAGUCUACCUCAUAAGAGGAGCCAGCAGCUCCUCACCACUUACGGCAGAUCCCUGGGAUGCACACUUCCUCCCAAGGCUCACCUUCCUUUGUCCCAAAGCUCAAGCUGUGGCAGUGUCAUCCCACAAGGCUUCUGCUUCUCCCCUCGGGAAGCGAACCCUCGCCGCCUGCCCAAAACAGGCAACAGCCAUGCACACAUGAAUGAAGACAGGCAAAGACAAAGUGAUUUUUGCAACAGGAUGGUCUCCGAGCCCAACGUCUUCCUGGACUCUUUCUCUUACCCGGACAACAGCCAGGCCUCAGACACCGUCAGCGUGGACAGCUCUGACAGCCUGGAAACCAGCUUCUCUGCCUGCUCCCCAGACAACAUCUCAAGUGCCAGUACCUCCAAUAUGGCAAAGAUUGAGGAGAUGGAGCGUUUGCUCCGAGAGGCCCAGGCUGAGAAGCUGAGACUCCUCGAGCAUCGGGAGCGGGAGAUGGAGAUGCGCAGGCAGGCUCUGGAGGAGGAGAGGAGAAGAAGAGAGGAACUGGAGAAACGGCUGCAGGAGGAAACGAGCAGGAGACAGAAGCUUGUGGAGAGAGAGGUGAAGCUCAGAGAGAAGCAGAGAUCACAGUCCCGGCUGUUGACUCGAUACCACCCUGUAAGAAAAGACGACUUUGACCUUCACGGCCACAUUGAAGCAGCUGGACACAACCCUGAUGCCUGCUUCCAUCUGGCCAUCACUGACAAAACAUGCCGAGGAUUCCUGGUCAAAAUGGGGGGAAAGAUCAAGACGUGGAAGAAGCGCUGGUUUGUCUUCGACCACAAUCGCAGGACGCUCACAUACUAUGCAGACAAGCACGAGACCAAGAUGAAAGGCGUCAUUUACUUCCAGGCCAUAGAGGAGGUGUACUAUGACCAUUUAAAGAAUGCACACAAAAGCCCCAACCCCUCGCUGACCUUCAGUGUGAAGACCCACGAUCGGGUGUACUACAUGGUGGCGCCGUCCCCCGAAGCCAUGCGUAUCUGGAUGGAUGUUAUUGUAACGGGCGCUGAAGGACACAUGCAUUUCAUGGUGUAACAGAGCUAACAUGGUUGUUCAUUAGGUUAAUGAAAAAUUAGCUUCAGUUUACACUUGUAGUCGUCUGAAAAUGAGCUUGAGCAUAACUUCUGCUCAAAUACAGACUAUGUAAUGUAAUCAUGUAUAAACAGAUCAAAAGAAGUGGCAUACAGGUUUCAUAAUUAAGCUGUUUACUUCUUUCCACACUUAAAAUUGUAGCUGUUGCAUUUUCUAGUUUUCCUUUCCCUAAUGCAGGCUCUUCCUGUUUAAUCAGGGAAACUCAGCUACAGCUCUAAACUGGCACUACAGAUAUAAAGCUGUCCAACAGCUUUCUGUAAACUGUGGCCUUUUAUAAUGCAUAUAUUUGAUAUAUUCACACCAGAGUUCACCUGUUUCUAAAUCUCAGUCAGAUGGAAAUUUAUUUCCUUUGAAUGUCAACUCUGAUGUAUUAUUUCGAUAUUGUCACUAAUAUUCAAAUAUUAGGAUACUGUAUUUUAAAGUCAGUCACUUUGAACGCUGCUGACACGCUACCAGCAUAAGCUCAUGCGCAUCACUUCCAUGUAAACAAACUAGUCUUUUUUCUUCACACAUGCAAAUUAAAUUUGUGAAGGAUUAUCAUAGGCACUUUCUUACUGUAUUCUUAUAAGUUAUUAGUAAUUGUGGGAAAAUAUACUUCUUCUAGAAGCAGAAAAUAACCACUGUGCAGUUACAGCCAUCCGCAGGCCUGACGUGAAUGAAGCCAUGUUGUGAAACAGUGAUGCUGUAUGUACUGCAUCACCCACGUUUCUCAGGCCAAAGCAGUUCAUUUUGUGUUUUCACCAGCAGAGGCCCUCAGCGCGCUCAUUUCACUGGAAUGACGUAAUGCUCCGCUCUGGCCAUGUUCACUUAGUAUCUAUGAGCAAUUAUUGAAAACAGUAGAGCUUUAAUAAUCCACAUAAAAUCUGUUUACUUAUAAUCUUAUAAAGCCUUGUUUGUCUGGUGUGAGAUUUGCUUCCUGGAAGCAAAAAGA